AUGAUUUCAGUCUGGGACAGCCCUGUGGAUGUUGAAUUUAUCAUCGAUUCGUCGGACCGGGUGGGACCGGCCAAUUUCAAGAGUGUCAUGGCCUACGUGCAGAACUUGGUGAGGCACUGGAACAUAGGCCCGCAGAAAAUCCGAGUCGGGCUGGUGACGUACAGUAACGGUGUACAGAACCAGUUCUUCCUCAACUCGCACUUGAGUCAGUCACAGCUGAUUGGUGCGUUAGGAAACGUCCAGUUUCAAGGAGGACCGUCGGAUGCGGGAAACGCGUUCCAGUUUGUUUCUCAAACCGGUUUCAGUACGAUGCACGGCGCACGGCAAGGCGUUCCCCAUGUCAUCAUCCACGUCAGCAACAAUCCGUCGAGCAACAUGGCGUUCGCCAUGCAAGAAGCUAAGAAAGCGAAGGACAACGGAGCGAUCGUGUACAAUGUUGCUAUUGGAAACGGCGUCAACAUGAACGAAGUAAGACAGCUGGCCAGCCAACCAGCAUCGAAGUACGUGCUGACCUCUGACACCUACCAAUCGUUGGACUCGUUGGUUAAUCCACUAUCGACAAGUGUUAGAAGCGGCUGCCUCCAGAGAGCCGACUUAGUCUUUCUAGUGGACUCUUCCUCAAGUAUUAGCUCGGAAGAUUUUCAGCAGCUGGAGGAAUUCCUCAAAGACGUCGCCGUCAGGCUUCCAAUAGGUCCCAACAACGUGCAGAUGGGCGUCCUGCAAUUCGGCAGCCACCCAUCGAUCGCCUUCCCUCUAGACAUGUACAGCAACAGACUGGACGUCCUCAAGGGCAUCCAGAACCUCAACUACCUUGGCGGCGCCACCAACACGGCCGACGCGCUCAAAUACAUGCGCGAGCACGUGUUUUCGCACGUCUCCGGAGCGCGCUUCAACGUUCCGAGGAUCGCCGUAGUCAUCACCGGCGGUCACUCGUCCAAUCCGUCGCAGACAACGAUCGAGGCCGACAACGCCCGAAUGAGUAAAAUAGGCGUGAUUGGCGUAGGCGUCGGUUCAGGGGUGAACAUUAACGAGCUGCACAACAUCGCUGGGAGUGUCGGCCGCCCAGCAGAUCAUAACAGCUGCUUGUGGGGGUGA